AUGGGCCAUGGAUCGGUUAUAGAACGACUCAGGUCUAAUGGGCCAGAGGUAUUCAGGGGUAUUGUUGGAGUUGCCUCUAAUGUGGCUAAAUAUUGGAUUGAGGCCACAGAAAGGAUCAUGGAUGACCUUGACUGCACCCCUAAUCAGAAGCUAAAAGAGGCAGUAUCAUUGCUGAGAGACGAGGCAUACCAGUGGUGGCUUACUGUCCAAGAGGGCACUCAAGCUGAUCCAUUGACCUGGGAGUUUUUCAAGACUACUUUUCAGGCGAUGUAUGUGGGUGCCAGCUAUGUGGAUGCCCGUAGGAAGGAAUUUCUGAACUUAACUCAGGGGGAUAGGACAGUGGCUGAAUAUGGGGCUGAAUUUGUACAACUGAGCCGCUAUGCAUGUGGGAUGGUGGCAACAGAAUAUGAGCAGUGUGUUCGAUUUGAGGAAGGCCUCAGUGAUGGUUUGAGGGUUCUGAUAGCUCCUCAAAGGGAGUGGGAUUUCGUAGCACUAGUUGACAAGAAAACACCACCAGGGCAAAUGUUGGAAAAAGAUGGGUGCAUGUCUGAGAUGCGGAUCAUUGGAGCACCGUGUCAGCUCACGGAAUUUGUUAACGGGCCAAGAACACCAGGCAGAGGUGAUGGUCAUACUGAGGCGAGGCAGCAAGCACUAGUUUAUGCUGCGCGUCACCGAGAAGACGGAGAUGCUCUAGAUGUCAUUACGGGUCUGCUGGGGCAGUCCAUUCGGAUAAAUAUGAUGUUUAGAGAUGUUCAAUUAGAGAUACAUGGAGUUAUCUUUAUGCCUGAUCUUAUGGAGCUGUAUUUCGGAGAAUUCGACCUAAUACUGGGCAUGGAUUGUGUUUUGGAUGUUGGGGACUCUUCAGUAAAGGAUAUUAGAACUGUUAAGGACUUUUCAGACGUCUUUCCUGAAGAGCUACUAGUGUUAACCCCAGAACGUGAAGUGGAGUUUGGGAUUGAGCCCCUUCCUAGUACGGCUUCGGUGUCUAUCGCCCCUUACAAAAUGGCACGUAAGGAGCUUGUGGAGCUUAAGACCCAAAUUCAAGAAUUAUUGGACCAUGGCUUUAUCUGA